AUGACGUCGUCACUCUCUACACGACAAAGUCUACUAACCAGAAUGGCAGGAAAACUCUCAUCUCUGCUGGAAGAAUAUGAGAGAGAAGUCGAGGUUGAAAGCCAAGUACCGCAAGAAGAAGCUGAACGAAGGAUGCAAGAACGACAAAACAAACUUCACAUGCAAUGUCAGAAGAAAAAAUUGGAAGUGGCAGAAAAGAACCUGAACAAGAUGCUAGACGCGUACACAGCAGCCGCAGACGAAAUGAAUAGUGAUACUCCGCAACUCCAAGCACUCCUUGAAAAGGUGUCAGCCAACUCUCAAACAGCGCAGGAAUUGCUAAUAAGGGCACAAGAAGCCAUACUCGAACUCGACUUGCGCAUAGAGACAAAUAACCUGUUAACAGCUACAGAACCAAGAGAAUCGACAGAAGAAUCCACUCGAAUACAGCUUGCUCCACUGCCCAUUCCUAAGUUUGGAGGAAAAGUGUGGGAAUGGGAGAGUUUUUGGAGUGCCUUCGAGCAUUCAGUUCAUUCAAGGAGUAUCGAUGACGCGUACAAGAUGUACUACUUGCUCGACGCACUGACAGGAGAAGCAAGAGAAUCACUAAAACAAUUUGAAGUCAGCGGAAGAACAUACGCGCUGGCAAUAGAACAUCUCAAGAAAAAGUACGGAAAUAAACAACUUCUUGUGGGAGAACUCGUUGAUAGGCUAGAAAAAUGCCGAGCCAGAACGAAGAGGUUAGAAGACCAGCGACGUCUACACGAAGAGAUUUCGUCGAUCGUGAUCCAGAUGGAACUUCAAGGAGAAGUCAUUGAUAGCUCAGUGCUUCAAAAACUGAUCCUAUCAAAAUUCGCAGAACCGGUACAAAGACACGCAUUACGGAAGAAGCAAGAAAUCAAAGAAGGAGAAACAUGGAACACGAAGAUGCUCCUUCAGGAACUGUCCGACAAAAUCCACUCGGAAAUAGAAAUUCACCGCCACAUUCGAAGUGACGAAAAUCGUCCGAGGAAAGAAACAGAGCUCAACUGGAACAACAUGCAAGAAAGAAAGAACAAUGGCGCAAUCUACCGUCAACAGCCAGACGAUUUAAAGUCAUUUCCUUGCUUCUACUGUGAUCGAAAAGACCAUACUCCAAAGAAGUGUCCGGUGUUUAAGACGCGAGAAGACAGAUUGGAAGAAAUGAGAAAACGAUCUCUAUGCAGAAAUUGCGGAUCGGCAAAUCAUAUGGCGCGACAAUGUACCAGAGGCCCAUGCCGGCUUUGUGAGAAGCAUGGACACCAUACAUCGAUUUGCGCUAAAACACUUCCAUCGGACAAGAAAAUCGGCACGACAACAACCACAAGAAAGCCAAAAAUCAGGGCGACGGAAGCCCGACCAACGAAACAGAAUCUCCUGUCAACUGCAGCCGCACCGACAGAGGAAGAGAAACCGCAGGAAAGCAGUUUUGAAACGAGCCUCUGUAUGAAAACCGCGGAAGAAGGUACCAAGAAUUUCGUCCUUUUGGGAGCAGCUUUCGCUCAGAACACAGCAACGUAUAAUAUGGAACGAGUGCACAUCCUGCUCGACACGGGAGCAGAUCGAUCGUUCAUCACUCAAAGCCUAGCAGAUCGCCUACACCUAUCCACGCAGGAUACAGUUACGCUCAGGAUCAGCACCUUUGGAUCUCAGGCACCCAUUGAGAAACAAUGCGGGAUCACAAACCUCCAACUGUGGGAUCCUUUGGGCAACGCUCACUGCUUCUCGGUCGCUAUCACCGAGUCAAUAAUGGAGCCGUUAAGGCAGGACAAAUUUACAAAGGACGACAUUCAAUUCAUUGCGGAUCACGGCAUUCAGUUGUCGAUCCCAGCUCAUGAGCAGCAGGCACAUCCCGAGGUUCUCUUGGGAUGCAGCGACGUAUUUUCGCUACUCCAAGGAGGCAACCAACAGAUCUGGCAGCUACCGUCGGGAAUUAAGCUGAUUCCGUCUCACAUCGGAUACCUGGUGGCCGGAAGGCGACAGGACGAAGUCGUGAAAACAAUGGCAGUCGUACAAGCCGAAGAAGAGGAAAAAGAGGGAAGUAUACGAGAAAAGUGGGAACGCUUUCUAGCCUUUGAAUCAGCAGGGUUACACGAUUUCUCGGGAACUCAAGCCCAAGAACAAAAACAAACAGACCGAGCGGUAUGGGAAGCAUUCGAAGCAACAGUUACACGCGAACACAACGGAUACCACGUUAGACUUCCAUGGGCAGAAGAAGCUAUCAAACUACCGGACAACAAGACUCUGGCAUACAAGAGGCUGUGUUCAACAUUGGAACGUCUCAAAGAGACGCCGCAAGUUCUCGAGCAGUAUGAGCAGAAUUUUGCGGAACAGAUCAGCAAGGGGAUACUCGAAGAAGUACCCGACAAGUUCACUAAUCAACAAAACAGAAUUCACUACCUCGCCCACCAAGCUGUACUGACUCCGGAUAAGGAGUUCACGAAGCUUCGAGUUGUGUACGACGCGUCAGCACACCUUAAAGAUCAGCCAUCACUGAACGAUGCGCUACAACGAGGCCCGGUCUUACUUCCCACAAUGCUCCAUAUGUUACUACGAUUUCGAAUCGGACAGGUAGCGAUUACCGCAGAUGUCGAAAAAGCUUUCCUGCAAGUGCACCUACACAGACAGGACCGGGACGCUGUAAGGUGCCUAUGGUUGCGCGACACAUCCAUUCCGCCAACGGGGGACAAUGUCGCAGAAUACAGGUUCACACGAGUGCCAUUCGGAUUGAAAUGCUCACCAUUCUUGUUGGGGGCAACCAUAAAACAUCACCUCAGCUCACACGAAAACAAGGAACUGGCACAAGAAAUUCUGAACAACGUCUACGUCGACAAUGUCAUACUCACUGCCACAACUAAAGAGGAAGCUUGGCAGAAGUAUACUCAGUCAAAAGCUAUGUUCAAGGAAAUGAAUAUGAACCUAAGAGGCUUCCAAACAAACAAUGCAGAGGUGAAUGCCAAGAUCCCGGACACCGAUCGAAGCACAAAAAAGAUAUCAAAGGUUCUCGGAAUUGUCUGGGACUCAAACGACGAUCAAAUCCACAUCAGAGUUUCAUUGGAGGAGAAACCACGAUACACGAAACGUUCAGUUUGCGAACAAAUUGCAUCCAUUUUCGAUCCUAUGGGAUGGCUUACACCGGUCAUGGUACAAGGAAAACUCUUCCUACAGGAACUGUGGCGACAACAAUACGACUGGGACACAAUUCUCGCUGAACACCACGAAAACGAAUGGAGAAGAAUCGUGGCAAUAAUCUCUGGAUGUGAAUUUCAACUCCCACGAAUGGUGCUACCAGAACACUCGCAAGCAAUUCUGGCGAUAUUUGCAGAUGCAAGCUGCAAGGCUCUUGCCGCAUGUGCAUAUCUCGUUGCCGGAGGCGAAUCUCAUUUGAUGUUUGCCAAAUCACGACUUCCGAAUGCAAAAGAUUCGCCAACCAUUCCGAAGAUGGAGAUGAAUGCAAUAACUCUCGCAACAAGGAUAGCAUACAUGCUGUAUCAGGCGUUAGAAAGCAAAAUUACAAUCACUUCUAUUAAGAUAUUCUCCGAUUCUCAAAUAUCGCUCAGCUGGCUGGCCACCAAUCCAAUUCGGAAGGAAGUUGGAGUCCUUGUGAAGAACCGGGUAACCGAAAUAAGAAACACGGUACGACUAAUGGAAGUACCAGUCCGCUUUGGAUACGUCGAAACCGCAAAAAACCCAGCAGAUUGUGCGACAAGAGGAUUGACAGCAGAAGAAAUGAAAUCGCACACAUGGUGGAGGGGACCGGAAUUUUUAAAGUACCCCGAGGACGCAGGGGAUACGCCCUACAACACCUUCGAACUUCCCGAAGACGCUGAAGGAGAGAGCGUCGACAUCAGCAAUGGAAAGAAUGAAAAUCAAAGUACAUGCAUGACUGCAUCAACUAACCAGGUCGCUGAAGAACUGCUGGACUGGAAAAGGCACAAUACCCUGGAUACCGCGCAAUCAGCGGUAGCCUACGCACUACGAUUCCUUCAAAGAGUCACCUGCAAGUUAAAGACUGGUUUGAAGUCCAGAAUCGAAGAAAAGGUUCCAGAAUUACGCGAGAGACACGACUCGACAUAUAUUACUGCACGAGAAAGAAACAAUGCAAUGGAAGUGAUAAUCAGAAAUCAUCAAUGUAUUCAUGUGAACGACAACCUGCGCAGAUCAACAAAAAAUCUGAAUCUGCAGGAAGAUAAAAAGAAGUUGUUGCGAUGUAAUGGACGAUUUGAAGAAGCCAACAUGCCCGAAAGUAGGAAGAAACCACUGUUCAUCGUCGCAAAGACACCACUCGCGCAGUGCAUAAUACGACAGGCCCAUCUUCCAGGUCAUUUGGGCACAUCGCACACCAUGACGAAAAUCAGAGAACAAUUCUGGAUUCCCAAGUUGAGACAGCAAGUGCAAAGUCAUAUUCGAAGAUGUAUGCAGUGCCAAAAAAUAAACAACCUCCCUUUCCGAUACCCGGCGAUGGGACCAUUACCAGCAAUGCGGGUGGUAAGAGCAAAACCAUUCGAGAACGCAGGAAUCGACUACUUCGGACCGUUGACAGUGAGAGAAGGCGACAAAACGGAAAAAGCAUACGGCCUCAUCAUCACGUGUAUGAUAACUAGAUUAGUUCACAUAGAAAUCGUGAUGGAUAUGUCAACGACAAAGUUGCUACUGGCCCUUCGAAGAUUCAUUGCACGCCGCGGAGUCCCAUCCCGAAUAAUUUCGGAUAACGGACCGUCCUUUAUACUGGGCGAAGAAAUCCUACGACGAGCAGUCCAAACGGUCACAAGCGACGGUUGUUUCCUAUCGAACAUGGCGAGAAAAGGAAUCGAAUGGACAACUAUCACGCCAUAUGCUCCGUGGCAGGGAGCUGUAUAUGAGCGAUUGAUCAAGUCCGUCAAACAAUCCUUUUACAAGACGAUUGGUAACCGGAUUCUAACCGUGGACGAACUCGUAACCAUAAUGACAGAGGUUGAAGGAAGCUUGAACAGUCGACCUCUGACUUACCAGGGAGAGCUAUAUGACACCAAACCUUUACGACCAGUGGACUUCAUAGUAAAAGAUAUAGAAAUAUCAUACCCUUUCGAAAAUUUACGAGAAGACGAUGACGAUCCGCCAUACUUGCCACCAUCAGAACAAAUACAGCUUCAAACGAGAAGACAAGCUGAAGCUGCGCUAUUAUCAACACAAAAAUACACCGAACAGUUUUGGGCAACAUGGCAAAAGUCAUAUCUGAACGAUCUUCGAGAGUCACACAAGCUCCGAAUGGACAACAGGCGAACGGGAACAAAAUCGCCAAGAAUCGGUGAGGUGGUUUUGCUCGCAGACCAGAACCUUCCCCGACACUCAUGGAGAAUGGGAAGAAUUACAGAGUUAAAAGAGGGGAGCGAUUCAGAAAUUCGGGAAGCAGUUGUACGAAUGCCCAACGGUAAAUGCUUGAGGCGACCGGUCAACCUUCUAGUUCCUCUUGAGCUCGAAGAUAACACAAUAUCAUCAACGGAUGCAUGCGAGUCAAUGAAAGAAUCACCAAGCUCACCGCCAAGAGAACCCCACAAAGAAGAAUCAGGAAAGAAACACCACCAUCUUCGUAAACGUCAAAGAAUCAACUAUAAUGAAGAGGAAGACGAGGAGGAAGAACCAAGUGGAAGUAGACGACAAAGCUACGCCAUUUCGACAAUACAAACAUGCCUUCUGAUAGUAGUUUGCCUUUUUUCACCUGGUGCUGCAUGCGAAACAAAGGGAAGAAAUGCAAACGAAACAAGUGUAAUCGAGUGCAUAAAAGGAGGGAUAAGAGUCCUCAACGAAGCCGAAAAAUACGAGGUGUGUUCAGAAGACUUCUGCACUCUACGCGAAAAACCGAAACCGAAUGAGAUCAUUCUCUUUCCACCAGAAAUCGCACUACAUCGCCAUAUUGUUCAGUGGAAAACGUUGGAGGAGACCCGUAUCAAAGUGAUCAAUAUUGCGUGCCCACCGGCACCAUUCUGUGAACAGGUUCAGUGCUGGUUUUGCACAGCAAACGUACUCAACCCUGAAUGUAAUACGACAGCAGCACUGGUAACUGUGUUCGCGAUCAUAUACCUCUUAACAGCACUAAUCUACACACUUUGUUAUGUUCCACUUGUCAUCGGGAAACCAUGUCGAUUAUGUAGCCGAAUAGUAAUUAGUAUGUUCAGACUUGCUCUUCACACAAUAAGAAUGAUUUACCGAGCAGUAAGAGGAAGAAACCAGCGUCAAAGAAGGGAUAUUGAAGCGUUACUGCAGGCACCUCUGAUAGCAGCGUUUCUCAUCCUAACAGUGAACUCAGCAAUAGCAUGCCAAGAUGUGGAUAUCUAUACGCUGAAGACGAGAGUGUGUUCGGAAGGAAAGGUCCAAAAAUGCUACGUAGAUACGACAAAUGUGAUCAAGUUGAAUACGUUCAAUCAGGAAGCAUGUUUGCGAAUCACAGGAAAUGGAACAACUCUUCGGCAGUAUCGACUUACAUGGAAAGGCCUCACCAUGGACUGUGAAAAAGAGACGUUGAUUUUCACAAGAAACACCAUACAAAACGUGGUAGACGCGAAACGGUGCGCGCAUUCGGGAAGCUGUACAGAGGGAAAAUGUGAAAAGGUCAACGAAACAACGAAACUCCCGGAACUGGAACAAGGAAACACAUUUCCAGGAAUUACGAGAUGUGUAGAGAGUUGCGGAGGACCUGGAUGUGGUUGUUUUUAUCUAAGCAGCGGAUGUCUCUUCUAUAGAAUAUUUCACAAACCCAAUGACGACGAGAUUUAUGAAAUAUUCCGGUGCCGAUCGUGGAAAGAAACUGUGGCAGUAGAAGUACGAGUCGAGAACAUGGAAGGAGAAUCACAAACGAAAUUGUUCAACCUUCAACCAACAGUACCAACAACUGAGGGAUCAUUCCGGUUUACGAUCACCUCCCUCAGCAUCCCACCAACUCCGGCGCUCAACGCCUAUUUCAUAAGCAACGGCGAGGAAAUAGCGCUAUGGGAUGAGCAACGAAAAGUGAUGAUGGAAUGCGACUCGAAAGACGAUGCAGAACGUUUAAACUGCACCGUUUCACAUAACUGCCAAUGUCAGCCCGCCGAACUCAGGAUAAUGUGUAGCUGCAUAGACUACAAUAUCACGGCGGCAUUUCGAAAUCAACUCGAAAAUCGCCUACCAAUCAGGCAACCAUGGGGAGGUUUCGAAAUAUCAGAGAAAUACGAGAACUCUGUGAAGGCGAGAAUUCCCAGACUAGUUACAGCAGAAUUGCUAGUCACUAUAAAAGAAAACAUACACCUGGUAACGAAAGAAACGACAAAUGCACGCUGCAAAAUUCCCAAUGCAAUAGCUACGGGAUGUUACAACUGUAAACAGGGAGCUGUAGCUGAGUUAACUUGUACAAGCAAUGCUGAGCACACGAAAGCCACUGUACGAUGUGAAGAAUACCAGUUUUCAGCGCCAUGCACAGAAAAAGGAGAGAAAUCCGAAUUCAGGUUCAGCUCUACGGUCGCAAGAGUAAAACUGAGAUGCACGGUAUCAUGUGGCUCCACAGCAACAGAAUUCGAAGUUACAGGAAUCCUAAAAUGGGUCAGAACCAUUCGAGAGUCAAUGCGACGCAUCGUAAAAGGAGAGACUACGGUGGAAGAAGAAAUAGUGCUCCCUGACUUUGGACACAUACUGGACACUAUCAUUUCCAGCUACAGAACCGUGAUGCUCACCUUCGCAGGAUUUGCCAUCGCCCUUGUGCUAGGAUACAUCUUUCUGUGGGCAUGUGGAUUACGACUAGUAAUAUCGAUAUCACGCUUCACGUUCAAAGUCCUACUCGGUACAGUAAUCGUACCGUUCCGAAUCGCCAGAAGAAUCUUCAACAGAGCAUUACACCGGCGGCAAAAAUCCCGUCAUAUCAAACAGUUCUGA